UUAUUUAGAAGAUCCAGUUUUGACAUGUGUUAUUGACAUUUAUUUUGACUACCGGUUUUUAUUUUGUUUAUUAAAGAUCCAUACGUAGAACAUAAUAUCAAAAUCAAUAACUUAUAUUACAAAAUCAAUAAAUCUUACCAUUUAAUGUAUCAUGUGCAGCAACGAUACAAAACCAAAUAGUGCUAGCUAGUAAAGCGUACGUCCUUUUCAAGCACCCUUGUGAUCUUUGAUAUGCAUCUGUUGUAUAGAUGGCUGAAACUAUAAAAGUUUAAAAGACUUAUGAAACUGGCAUUUGCUGACAUUAGCGACCCAAAGGCUUGGACAUGGCAAUGCAGAUUUUCUGGCAUAUACCAAGAGCUUUCUGUAGACCUUCAAGCGUUUCUUAUUACAGACUAACUAGUCUAAAAAUCCUUUUUCAAGAUAGCAUUAGAAAAUUAAACUGCAGACAUGCAUCAUUUUAUAGAGCACUUUCAUUUGAUGAGAACCAAAUGGCUCACAAGCCUGUGCCAGAUUUCACAGGAUUACAGAGAAGUAGGAGGACAUUUCCAGGGACAGGAAGGGGUAAUCAGAGACAGUUCUCAUUGUCAAUUUUAACAUGUUCCUUAAAAAUACCUAUAUCACCUUUGGUCACGGAACAACUGUUGGGAGACCUUAAAAUGGAGCAGGCUACUGCUAAGCUUUUUGAGGGUCUUGUGAACCAGGACAGAGCAUCUCUAGCUAGGUCAAUCACUCUUGUUGAAUCAUCCAACUUGCAGAAACGCCAUCAAGCACAGCUGCUGCUUACCUGUGUUUUACAAUAUUUAAAGACAGAAAAUGCCAAAUCUGCACGGGGUGUAAAAUCAUUUCGUAUUGGAAUAUCUGGCCCCCCAGGAGCAGGCAAGAGUACAUUCAUUGAAAAGUUUGGCAAGUUUUUGACUGGCACGGGUCAUCGUGUAGCUGUACUGGCUGUUGAUCCCUCCUCCAGCACUACUGGAGGUUCUCUGUUAGCCGACAAAACAAGGAUGCCAAAGCUUUCUGUGGACCCCAAUGCCUUCAUUAGACCUUCACCCUCUUCUGGUACUCUAGGGGGUGUUGCUCGCAACACAUGUGAAGCAGCUGUACUAUGUGAGGGGGCUGGUUUUGAUACCAUUGUCAUUGAGACAGUAGGUGUGGGCCAAUCAGAAUUUGCUGUGGCAGACAUGGUGGAUCUCUUCUGUCUGUUGAUUCCACCAGCCAGUGGUGAUGAGAUGCAAGGUAUCAAGCGUGGUAUUGUGGAGGUAGCAGAUUUGGUGGUAGUGAACAAGAGUGAUGGGGACCUGGAAGGUGCUGCCAGACGUGUCCAGGCUGAAUACACUUCUGCCCUUAAGUUCGUGAAACAGCGAACACCUCUCUGGAAACCUAAAGUAUUAAGAAUUUCUGCUCUAACUGGAAAUGGCAUCUCAGCUUGGAAGAAGAUGUGUGAAUACCAUCAGGCAAUAAGCCAAGGAGGAGAUCUCAAGAAAAAAAGGGAACAGCAGAUGCAUGUGUGGAUGUGGAGACAUAUCCAUGAAAGGAUGAUGGAAAUCUUCAGAAAGGACCAAACUGUUGCAAAAAAUCUCUCAGAACUUGAAAACAUGGUCUCUCAAGGCAUUGUGACACCAGGACUUGCAGCUGACAUCCUGCUGGAAAAGUUUCUGAAAAAGUUAUAAUGAGUAGUAUGAUACCCAGAUACUGACAGCAGAGAGCAGAUGUUAAAUGUACAAAAUCAAGGUUAGCAGGUUCAACCUAUUAUAAUAUGGGGUUGCUCAGUUUGGAGGCCCCUGUGGUGCUAAAUUUCUUGGUCAUGUUAAAAAAUUAUGAUGUCAGCAUUUCUGGAAAUGCACUACAGUUAGGGCUAGAUUAAAGGGCUGCAUACCUUUGUACUGGAUGUACAGCAUUACCUGGACUCUGCAUAUAGAUGGUGCUGCCUUAUUCUUGCCUCAGCUGAUCAAGGAUAGCAUCGAUUACAUGGCUUGCCUCCCAACAGUGUUGAUGUAAAAAUAGAGGAUGAAAACGAUUUUUCUUAAUUUUAAGAAGGAUGUAGCCUCAUAACAUCUGCCUAAGACUGCUUAAAUCUUUGACACAUCCUUUAUUAUUCCAGGGUUAUUCAUUAACCAUUGUAUUAUAAUAAUAAUCAAAUCCUAGGAAAUGUUAACAGUAGCAAUAGCCAAUAUCUUCUUGGGUAACAACAGUAAACAUUAUCUACUUAAGACUUGGUACCAACAACAGAAGCAUAGAGUAAUAUAGGAAUACGUUCAGCAUUGUAGGGGCAAACUAAGUGCUGACAUUGAAAUGGUAUUCACACAUGCACUUGCGAAAAAGGGAUGGGGACAUAAUUGCAUGUACUAACAUGUACACAUGGUGGCAGUAUCAAAACACAUUCUGCUUUCAGUGUUAAAGAUGGAACAAAAUCCACUGACAAAUGGCUCACUGAUCAAAUGCAAUCACAAAGAAAUGAUGUAAUAUUUAAAAUAAAAAAAUCAACUUUAUAAUCUUAUUCGUCACAUUCCAACAUAAACAGAUUUUGCAAGUCAGCAUGCCAAAACAAUUUUUAUUCCCCUAAAUCCUAGAUCACUUGCACAACCUUAUAAACCGCCACCAACCCACCAAAUAUUCCUUCUUAGGUAUUUGUGCAGGGAUUGACUGCUGGCAACAAUUAAAUAUAACACUAUAAUUUCUGAAAGGUUUUUUUUUAAACAUAGUAGUGGGUGUAUCAUGAAGAAUCGUGGUAGAAUCAGUAAAUAAGUUUCUCCCUUUUAAGAGUGGAGGAAUGAAACUUGGAUUUAUGAGUGUAUUUAAUUAUGACAGAGACGUUGUUUAGUCUUAUUAUGGUAGAGAAUCAGUAAAUAUGAUUUUUUGCUUUUAAGAGUGAAAGAAUAAAACUUAAAAUCAGGCUGUGGUGUCUGUUUAAGUAUGAUUACUGAGCCUGAUCAGUUUUGUGACUAUGAUUAUAAACUGUGAUAAAGUAUCUUUUGCUUCGGCUGUCAUUGAUUUUUGUGUUUGCCUUUGUGCAUGUGAUUAUGCAUCUGUUAAUCAGCAUUAAAAAAAUAAUUUUAAGUUGACUAUUUAUGAACUUCAUUUUGUCUUUGUCGCUUAAGCCAUGUCUUAAGUGAGCAAGUUGUGCCCUUAUGAACCUGGUUCAGAAUGAUCAACAAUCAUUCCAGUUUUGUUCUCUACUAGGAAGCAGCUCACACCAGUUUGACCAUAUGAGGCAAACUAGUUUUGGGGUGGUUAAAAAAAAAAGUUAAUAAAAAAGGCACUGAGAAUCCUUUAUUGGCUAAUGGAUUCUUGCAGCUGACCUCUCAUGUUGAAAGGUAAAAAAUGGUAAAUGGUAUUACAUUUAGAGUGUGGUGAGGUACUUUGCCAGAAUGCAAGUGACAACAUGGCUGUAAAGAGAUGGGGGUUGCUUGCUGUCCCUGAGGGUUCCAGUCAAGUGCCUGCUUGGCAAUGGUGUCAGGUGGUUUGCGCAGGGUGUGUCCUAUCCAGCCCCAUUUGCGUUUUUUGAUGUCUUGGCUAGUGGCAUUCUGGUUGGCUCUUGUCCACAGGCAGCUGUUGGAGAUCUUUUCAGGUCACCUUAUUCCCAGGAUAUGGCAUAGGCAUCGGUUGGUAAAGGUCUGGAGCUUGUUGUUGAUGGUAUUUGUCAUUCUCCAGGUUUCUGAACCACCUGGGAAAAAGUCGGCUGACAAUUUAACAAGACAAGCUCUGGGCUGAAACCCACAGAGGAGGCACAGGAUUGAAAGACUCAGACAUGGAGGAGAUUGGCCACAGCGAGGCGGAGACAGCUUGCAAGACAUGGUCCCAACUGGAUAGGGACGACAAGAACCAGAUCCGAUGACAUGGUGUAGCUGCGGCCCUAUGCUCCAUUAAAAGGAAUAUGACGUCUUCGUUGCCUUUUCAUCUCCCAUACACUAAUAAAGAAGGACUAUUAGAAAGUUCAAGAACCGAAACCAAGUCCAUCACCAAGCAGGUUUAACAAAGGUGUUGGUGAUGGAUUGGACAUGUGCUCUGCCAGCAGACUUCUCCAGAGUCGCCCUAUGAUGGACUCCAGACGGCUGAAGAAAACAAGGCCGCCCAAAGGAAACUUGAAGAACAGUGGAAAGGGAGAUGAAAGGAAACUGCUGAACAUGGAGUCGCUUGGAGCGGGUUUCAGCAAAUUAUAAAACGGUAGAUCUGGUGGACACAAAACAAGUUUGGCUUUUAAGAACGAACUUUUGACUGCCUAAACCAAGUUCAGACCAGGAAGGCCUCAAUUAAGGCAUUGCUUUCAAGCCUUUACAACCUUCAAAGGAACAAAUUUAAUUUUGUAAUUAUUAGCUUAGCAAGUAAACCCUUGUGGCCCUAUG